AACGCGAGAAAUAUUCAAGUACAGCAGAUAAAAAUAAAGCGUAUGUUGAUAAUUUUAAUGAAACUUAUAAAAUAUUCGAAAUAUUUUGUGUUUCAGUAAAUUUCAUUCAGAUAUAAUAUAGUCUGGGAAAGAUGAAAAAUACCUAUGCAUAUGCAAAAUAUUGGAUAUUUCAUCGGUAGGUUUCCUUUAAUUUUCUAAACAAAGAAGGAGAAAAGGUACAAAUUGACAACAUAAUCGAAUCUACAUCGAUUUAUUUUGAAAAGGAAAAAGUGUUCAUUCUGUAAUACACAAUAAGAAAAGGAAAAAAAAAAUAAAAAUGAGCCAGUUAGGAAUAAAGCUAUAUCAAGGUCGAUUCAAUUGUUGGUUAUGACAAUUAAUAAAUAAUUAUGGAUUAUUGUGGAACAUUGAAUCAGCGUGCAAAACACGUGACGACAUUCUUUUCCCUUUUAAAAAUUCAUUCCACAUGUGGGAAAUCAAACUCAACUAUCGCUGCACGUUGCAUCAGCAUUUUCCACUUUCGUCUUUCGACAAACUGCAAUCGUAUACACACGUAGUGUUCGCCACACGUAAUUUUAUCACACUACAACAGACUGCGCUGGGUGUAUAGGACAUCGAUAUUCUGUUCGUAAGAUAUUGUACGGAGAGACAUCGACACGUUAUGAAAACCAGUGUGACCAAGUGCAACGAGUGCCAACUAAUCAGAGUUGAAAAUUUCUUUAAACGAUAUAAGCGAACCUCCAGGGACAUGGAUAAAAGUAAACUUGCGUGUUGAACCGUUCGAAAGGAAUUUUCUAUUUUUUUUUUUUCUCUUCUUUAUGACGAGCGAUUGUGAGUAGUGCCUUAAUCGUAUACGAAUUGGAGCAUGAUGGGAGAGGUGAUUCGCGUAGCUGGAAGGACACCGGACGUUGGGGAGUUCCUAAAGGAGGCGAUGCUGUCCCAAAGAUUCGCCGACGUUGCUCUCUGUUGUCCGGGUGGGCAAAGAUUCUUGGCUCAUCGUUUGGUUCUUUCAGCUGCCAGCCCUUAUUUGCAAGAAGUGUUGUUGGCUCACAGCAGAACGUCGUCGCAUUGCGAGCCGAUCACGGUGAUAUUAGCCGAGGUGGAAGCGCCAGAACUGGCGGCCAUUCUUGGUUUCGUGUACACCGGAAGCGCGACGGUACCUCGUCUUCGGUUGAACGCUUUUCUGCGCGCUGCCGAGGCUCUCCGCAUAAGACUGCCUCCUGUACCGGUCGUGAUGACUUGCUCGCGAGCGGAUUGUAAACAAGAAGACAUCAAAGACGUGAAGAUCAACCCGAAGUACCUGCGCUGCGAUCAAUAUCCAUGCUGCGACGGUUGGUACCGUCCUGGGAGAAAUCAAGAUGGAGAUUCUACGAGCAAAGAGGAACCGUAUCCACCGAUCGAGUCCUUGGAAACCGCAAGAGAAAUCAGACCGCUUCCUGAAUCGAUGAACUUCGUUGAAUCGAGAUACGAAGCUGGAAAAUAUUGCUCUAGCACGUUCUGGUCCGUUCCACCGCCGCCAUUUUCGAAUCUCGAACACGAGAAGAACGUCGAACGUUUAGAGAAACGCGAAACGAAUCGAACCGUGAUACCUGUCGUCGAUGGGAUCAACUCGACGCAAGCUGUACGUACGGAAAACCUUCGAGUCUGUGAUUCGUCCGUCGAACAUCGUCAACGGGAAUUCUGUUUCUCGAGAACCUUGCACGAUAGACAAUUAGAACCGUUCGAAUCGAGAAUGAAGACUGAUCAGAAUCCUGGAAAAGAUUUCGCGAUGUACGAUCGUUGUUUGGAGCAAGAGAGGGCUCCUGUCAUUCGUUCCCGAGUCGAGCGUUGUCAGGACGGGAACACCGUUUCACCAGAUCGGAUCAGAUUCUUCGAAAAGUCGGAUCACGGCGAAGAUUUGUCGUGUCAGGAAGGUUGUUUGCUUUGGAAAUCACCCAGGAGACACGUGGCCAACCGUGUCACUGCUUCGCCAUGGAAACAGACCAUCAGACCUUAUCACUUGCCCAAGUUACAGCCUAUCGUUCUUCAACCUGGACUUCCUCUUCGGUGUGCCGACGAUGCGAAUGAAGUCGGAGAAAAAGUUGGUCCAACGGAAACGACGCGAGUAACCUCUGGCAGUUUGAAUCUACAGCUACCGAAAAAUGCAGCAUCUAACGAUCUCUACUACGACCUCGAAGUUCCUAUCGUCCACGAAACCGUGUACAGUAAUAAUAGCCGAACAUUGGAAGAUAAUUGUUCGGGAACAAAACAGCAGGAGUUUUAUUCGGGCGAAAUCCCGAUGUCGACUACCGCUCGAAUCGCUCCGUCGAUCAAUAACGAAGUCAGAAACAACGAAUCUCUUUUACAGCCCGAAAACAACGCGAUUCCAACCGCGACGAGGUGCAUAUCGAGCGUUAACGAGAACCGUGAACCGAACGUCAAUCGAAAUUAUUUCGGACCAGUGCUACAGCAUCCGGUUCAGAAGCCGGAAAUUUCUCAUCCCGUUAGUAGAUUGUGCGAUACGAUCGACUCGAACGAUACGAACGAUCGUUUCGCGAUAGCGGAAACGGAAAAAGAGGCGCGCACCGACGACGAUAAGGUUGCCGAGCGUGUGAUCCGAAAUAGCGACAACAAUAACAACGACGCGAUCAUUGGUAACGAUAUUUCUCAGCACGGUAGACCCGUUACGAUUCAGGAAAAUCAUCGAUGCGACCAGUGUGGCAAGACUUUCGUCACCAGAGCAUCCUUGAAGGUACACAUCAGAACGCACUCGGGAGAGAAGCCGUUUCGUUGCGCCGAUUGUGGCAAGCAAUUUUCUCAGCUGCGAAACUACAAGUAUCAUAGAAGCGUUCACGAGGGUACCAGAGAAUUCGCGGCCACCUGUCCAGAGUGCGGUAAAUACUUCAACGAUCGUGGCUACCUGAGCUCUCACAUGAAGAUCCAUCGUAAUCGGAAAGAAUACGGAUGCACCGAAUGCGGGAAAAGCUUCAAUCAACGGGUCGCUUACAAUAUGCACGUGAGGAUACAUACCGGCGUGAAACCGCAUCAGUGCGAGCAGUGCGGCAAAGCUUUCUCCAGAAAGAUGCUGUUGAAACAGCAUUUGAGGACCCACUCGGGUGAAAGACCGUAUCAGUGUCAAGUCUGCCAGAAGGCUUUCGCUGAUCGCUCGAACAUGACGUUGCACACGAGACUUCAUUCCGGAUUGAAACCGUAUCAAUGUACUUUGUGUUCGAAAGCGUUUACGAAGAAGCAUCAUCUCAAGACUCAUCUCAACUACCACACCGGUACCAAGCCAUACUCCUGUCCAAAUUGUGCUCUACGAUUUUCACAGAGCAGCAACAUGAGAACCCAUUUCAAAAAGUGUACCGUUAACAAUUCAGCCGAAACGAUAAGUACACGGAUCGAGAGCAAUAUCGUGGAAUCGUCCAAGGAUGCGCAGGUAAGGAUAAUAUCGAGGACACCUACGGAUACUUUGACACCGCCGAAUUCGGAUCAAGAAUUAAGUAUUUUAACGCCUAUUUCCAAGAUCACCGGAAUCGAAGUAACCGGGACGUAGCAGAGGGUUACAGUUGCCAGAUUGGCCAGGUACACGUAUACAAGUACUAUGUAUUUAUUUCCCGUUGACAGAAGUAUCGCUACGCAUCGUGCUCUAUCGAAAAGGGUUAGAACCGUUGUGUCUUUAUCCUAAAAUAGCUGUACGAUUUCGACGGAUAGCACGAUCCGUUUCUGUCACGGUGAGAUCAAUCUUCGCGACAAAUGGCAGACUCGACGUCUGUGAUGUAAUCAACCACGUAACCGCUAUGAAUCAAGUUUAAUAACGGUGAAAUUUGCACAUUUCGUGUAAUUGCCGAUCGGAGAUUGUGCGACCACUUUUUGCGUCCGAUGAGAAUGGCCGUCUCUAUUUUUUUUCUCGGAAUCAAGUUCGAUAAUGCACGAUGAUCGGCAUGGAUAAAAUCGAUCGAGCAUUCGGUCGACGCCGGUGUAAUCGACCGAUAGAAAGUAUUAGAUACGUUUGAAAGUAGCUCUGUCAGUUGGUAAUCCGAGAGCUACCAUAACAGUAGAAACGAUUGCCUUUUCCUGGAAAUUGUUCUUUCGCUGUAGCACGUAUGUAUCGAUUCUGUCCGCAAAUUGUUACGUCAACCGUUCAUUUUUCUUUACAUUUCCUCUGCUCCGAAUUCAUUUACUUUCUUUCGAAUUCGAGACAUCACUUUGCGUUUCUUCCUACGUUUUGUAUUUGCCACCUUCAGCUUUGCGCCGAUUAUUUAUACGCGUAGCGAAUUAAGUCCAUCAGUAUACAUUUACCGUGAAACAAUAUCUAUUUUGCUUUUUCUCCUUCGAUACUACGAUGCAAGACGAGCGAUUUGCGAACGCGAUGUAUAUAUUUAUAAUCGUUAUACGCUCCGAGUAUUUGAUCCGACGAUUUUAUAUUUCUAGUUGUAAAAACUGGCAUCCUCUUUCUACUUGUAUCAUAUUCCGUACAAUUUGUGUAAACGAGCGAAUCGUGUCAAUAAAUGGCCAAGAAUUUCCAUGA